AUGUUCACUGCGCGACCGAUCAAGCGUAACUCCGCCGAGCCCGGUCGAGUGUCACGACGUAGACUCUGUCGAGCCCAAAAAGGUGGCGCUCGCGUUCCGAUUAGUUGUGAUUAUGACUCGUCUCGUCUCCGACAUGUACAUACAGGAUAUGUGGGACUCACCGGCAAGAAAAAUCAGUACUGUCCACCCAAACCCAACAGAACCUCCCCCGGCAAAACGACCCUAAGCAAAGCAAAGGCAAAU